AUGAACACAGAAAAUGAAAACAUUGUAAUGCAAAAUGAAACAACAUCAGACACAGAGAUGUCAACAAGCAACAAUGAACAAGAAAAAUCAACUAAGGACAAGCCAAAUAUGAAACAUAAAAAUGUACCAGUAGACUCACUUGCAAGUCUGUACAACAAUGUAUGGGCAAACAAUACUAAUUCUAUAAAUAAAAAGAAUGAACAAGGUUUUAUGAUAGUUUUCAGAAAAAAGUAUAGAAAUAAAAGCAAAAUCGCAAUCCUAAAAGUGGGAAGAACUACAGUCUUAGAGACAUCAGCUCUCUAUACAAAAGCCAGAGAACUGCAAUAG